AUGCAGAACAAGCUCAUCACUCUUACUGCCGCCGCCGCCAUGGCUGGAAUGGCAACCGCUGCCGGCAACAGCUACAAGGUCGUGUACGAGACCACCACCUCGACCAAGUCCAUCUGCCCGGACCACGCUGCUACUGCCUUGUCAGAGCCGAUCACCACCAGCACGAUUGUGUACACCGUCACCGUCCCGGCUGGAGACUGCGGCCCAACAUCGUCCGCCAGCAACCCAGUCGUGACCGAGACCACAACUAUCACCACCAGUCGCGAGGCUUCUGCUUCGUCCAAAUUCAGCAGCAACGAGGUUGGCCCUACCACUGGCGAUGUCAUCGGCGCUUCCAGCUCUCAGCUCGACUCGACCGUCCACAUGACCAGCACCAUCAAUGCGGCCAGCACCGUCACCAUCGGCGCCGAUUCCACUACCGAGACCAAGGCACCUGUCGCCACCCCAUACGCACCCUUCCCACCGUACUCUGCUCCAGGCAACUCAAGCUCGAUCAUCGGCACUGGCACUGGUACUGGUGCCAUCCCAAGCGGCACCGGCGCAUUCCCAUUGCCAUCUGGAGUCGAGACCUUCCCGGGCGGUGCCGCCGCCAUCGGCAUGAGCAGCAUCCUUGCUCUUGGCGCCAUGGCUGCCGGUGCUCUCUUCCUCUUCUAA